AUGGCAUUUCGGUGUGAACUCCUCCUUCUGGUUUUUCUCUUUUGUUUCAAUGUCAAUUCGGUGGAUUCAGAUGAUGGAGCAACGUUGUUGGAGAUAAAGAAGUCAUUCAGGGAUGUGGAUAACGUUCUAUAUGACUGGACAGACUCACCAUCAUCAGAUUAUUGUGUCUGGAGAGGGGUCACAUGUGAUAAUGUCACCUUCAAUGUCGUUGCUCUCAAUCUUUCAGGAUUGAAUAUUGAGGGCGAAAUUUCACCUGCAAUAGGGAGCCUUAACAACUUGAUCUUUAUUGAUCUCAAGGAAAACCGUCUAUCUGGUCAGAUACCAGAUGAGAUUGGUGACUGUUCUUCUUUGAGAAGCCUGGACUUGUCAUUUAAUGAUAUUCGGGGAGAUAUACCAUUUUCAAUUUCAAAGCUGAAACAACUGGAAAAUCUAAUUUUGAAAAAUAACCAGCUAAUUGGACCUAUUCCUUCAACUCUGUCUCAGAUUCCUAACUUGAAGAUUCUAGAUCUGGCACAAAAUAAUCUUAGCGGGGAGAUACCAAGACUUAUAUACUGGAAUGAAAUUUUGCAAUAUCUUGGCUUGCGAGGUAACAAUUUGGUGGGUUCACUUUCUCCAGACAUGUGCCAGUUAACUGGAUUGUGGUAUUUUGAUGUGAGAAACAACAGCUUGACAGGCAGUAUUCCUGAGAACAUAGGCAAUUGUACUUCCUUCCAGGUCUUGGAUUUAUCCUACAACCAGCUAACUGGAGAGAUACCAUUCAAUAUUGGAUUUCUGCAAAUAGCGACCCUGUCAUUGCAAGGCAAUAAACUCUCAGGGCAUAUUCCAUUGGUUAUUGGUCUGAUGCAAGCACUUGCUGUCUUAGAUUUGAGUUGUAACAUGUUAAGUGGACCAAUCCCUCCUAUCUUGGGAAAUUUGACCUACACAGAAAAAUUGUAUUUGCAUGGAAACAAGCUGACUGGCCACAUCCCCCCGGAGCUUGGAAAUAUGACAAAGCUUCACUAUUUGGAAUUGAAUGAUAACCAAUUAAGUGGACAUAUUCCACCCGAGCUUGGAAAGCUUACUGAUUUGUUUGACUUAAAUGUUGCUAACAACAACCUUGAGGGUCAAGUUCCAGAUAAUAUUAGCUCGUGUAAAAAUCUUAACAGCCUCAAUGUGCAUGGAAAUAAGUUGAGUGGAACAGUCCCCUCAGCUUUUCAGAGCUUGGAGAGUAUGACCUAUUUGAAUCUUUCUUCCAACUAUCUUCAAGGCUCAAUUCCUAUUGAACUGUCACAGAUUGGUAAUUUGGAUACACUGGAUAUUUCAAAUAAUAAUUUAAGUGGUUCCAUUCCUUCUUCCCUUGGUGACUUGGAACAUCUUCUGAAACUGAAUCUGAGCAGAAAUCAUUUAACGGGGUUUAUUCCAGCAGAAUUUGGUAAUCUAAGAAGCGUCAUGGAAGUCGAUCUUUCAAAUAAUCACCUCACUGGCUUGAUUCCUCUAGAACUCAGCCAGCUUCAGAACAUGAUAUCCUUGAGACUAGAAAACAACAAAUUGUCUGGGGACGUGACAUCACUUGAAAAUUGCCUUAGUCUUUCUCUGCUUAAUGUCUCCUAUAACAACCUGAUUGGUGUUAUUCCCACAAGCAACAAUUUUUCCAGGUUUUCCCCUGACAGUUUCAUUGGAAACCCUGGUCUUUGUUGUUAUUGCCUGAAUUCGCAUUGUCAUGGGACUCACCCUGCAGAACGAGUUAUGUCGUCUAAGUCAGCUAUUCUGGGAAUUGCUCUUACUGCUCUUGUGAUUCUUCUUAUGAUAUUGCUGGCAGCUCGCCUACCAUACAAUUCAUCUCGUUUUCCCGACGGAUCAUUUGCCAAACCAGUUAAUUACUCCCCACCAAAGCUAGUGAUUCUUCACAUGAAUAUGGCGCUUCAUGUAUAUGAUGAUAUCAUGAGAAUGACAGAAAACCUUAGUGAGAAAUAUAUAAUUGGAUAUGGUGCAUCAAGUGCAGUCUAUAAAUGUGUUCUUAAGAAUUGCAAGCCAGUGGCUAUCAAGAGGCUCUAUUCUCACUAUCCACAAUACAUGAAAGAAUUUGAGACUGAACUUGAGACAGUUGGCAGCAUUAAGCACCGGAAUCUGGUCAGUCUCCAAGGCUACUCUUUAUCUCCGUAUGGAAACCUUCUCUUUUUUGACUACAUGGAAAAUGGCAGUCUAUGGGAUCUCCUUCAUGGACCUACCAAGAAGAAAAGGCUUGAUUGGGAUCUUCGUCUAAAAAUAGCACUUGGAGCAGCCCAAGGGCUUGCUUAUCUACACCAUGAUUGCAGUCCACGUAUCAUUCACAGGGAUGUUAAAUCACCUAAUAUUUUAUUAGACAAAAACUUUGAGCCCCAUCUCACUGAUUUUGGCAUUGCCAAAAGUCUAUGCCCCUCAAAGUCCCACACUUCAACUUUUAUAAUGGGCACAAUUGGCUAUAUAGAUCCUGAGUAUGCCAGAACUGCACGUCUCACUGAGAAGUCUGAUGUGUAUAGCUAUGGUAUUGUAUUACUUGAGCUAUUAACAGGGAGAAAAGCUGUUGACAACGAAUCAAACCUUCAUCAUAUGAUUUUGUCCAAGACAGCUAAUGAUGAGGUAAUGGAAACUGUUGAUCCGGAUAUUACAGCCUCAUGCAAGGACAUGGGAGCAGUAAAAAAGGUUUUUCAGCUUGCUCUUUUAUGCACAAAGAGUCAGCCAGUUGAUAGACCUACAAUGCAUGAGGUGACACGUGUACUGGGAAGUCUUGUGCCAUGCAUCACUCCACCAAUACAAGCACUAACUGAUUCACAAUCAUAUGCUAAAGUGCAAUGCUACAAGGAUGAUGAUGAGUAUGCAAAUCUUAAAACUCCAUCCAUGAGCACCUCUGAUGCCCACCUCUUCCUUAAGUUUGGAGAGGUAAUCUCUCAAAACAGUGCGUGA